UUUACCAUAAAAUAUGUACCCAUUAAAUCAAUAUUUAUUAAAACAGGAAAUGGAUUUUUAAUACCAAUCAAUGAUAAUGGGAAAUGGAUCGGAACUUAUAUUUUAUUCAACUACAUAAGAUUCUUCCUCUACUUGCGAAUGAUAAACUUAGUUCUGAAUGACAAAAUAAACAAUAUACAUACAACAACCGGGACCAGGGACCUCUGAAGACCCCCCCAUGUUUUGUGUAAAGAAAUGAUUUCAGCAACUAUGUUUUGCGAAGAAUGUAAACGUUCAAACGAACCGCUUUGCCAAUUACAACUAGAAUCAGUUGAUAAACUUAAAGAAAGCACGAAGCAACUUCUAUGUCUAUUAGAAGAAAUACAGUCUAAAACCCAUGGGAAGAAUAUUAUUCCCGAUGGGACUCCCAAAUUAAGUAAUUACAUCAAGUCAUUUUCGAAAAACGAUACAAAUUCAGAAAUAUUUGAUACAGACGCCCUUAGACAACUGGAAGCGAAUGCAAAAAAAUUAGAUGCCAUUUAUAUCGAGGGUGAACAUGACAAUUGUUCGAUUUACAGAAGACUAACAAGAAAAUGCCACUGUCUAAACCAUCCAGAGUAUAAUGAUUUCGUUAUACAUUUCAACGAAGAUUCCAAGUAUACAACUAGUAAUUUAGGCGAGAUUAUAAAGAACAUGCGUAUUUUGAGGAAAUUUUUGUACAUGGGUGGUAGUUAUACCAGGAAUGCUCUGAUGUUUUUAAAUGAAGGUAUGAUGGAAUCCGCGCACAGCGAGCGUGUGGAAAUAACGCAAGCAUGCGCAAACGCGGACAUUUGCAACAUAUUCGACGAUCACUCCAUCGUCAUAAUUUGCAUAUCGUGGCCCUGCAGGAACAAAUACUACGGAGACUAUGUGACCCAGGCUCUAGCGGCAGGUUUCUUAUACAAGCUGGCCCAACUAGAGGAAGGGAGACGAUACCUAAAUUACAGUUCUAAAAUAACAAACGACAUAAAAAGAGUAAUGAGAAAAAAAAAUGACGUGAUUGAGGUAGAUACAAUAGAAUCACUAAAUGCUACAUUAAAUCUGCUCAAGCCAGCAUUUGAGAAGAAUUUGGCCAUAAGUUACUUCAAAAAAUCGAUAUAUGAAGGUGUCGGAAAAAGAACUCUAAGCGAUUUGGUACAACUUCGCCAGUAUAUGACGUACGACGAAGUAUUGAUGCACUUAGAAAUGUUAGAUACAUAUAGCCAAAACGAUACUGGCAGAACGGAGUUGACUUUGCAUUUGCCACUUAUAUUAAUACUAUUCAAACAUUUAAUAAUGGAGUAUGAUAAUAGUGAAAUCAAUAUGCCAGUCACGAAUAUACUCGCUAGUAUAGUUUCCAAUAACAUAGUCAAACAAAAAGAAUCUGAGAAGUCAGAUACCACAAUUAUGGUAUUAGAAGAAAUGGGUACUCAGGCCACCAUAAACAUGAAAAGUCAAGAAUGUCAAUUUCCCCCAAAGAAGACCAAUACAAAAAAAUAUAAAAGCAAAAAUGCCUUAGGUGUUGCACCGAACAAAUUUCGUACACCUUCAAAGCGACAAGAAUGGGAGCCUUCCUUUUUGCGAAUAUUAAACAGAUCAAAAAAGUUCAAUAAUGGUAAUAAGCAAUAAUGGACCAUUAACCACUUUUAACUUUUAAAAUAGUUGUGUAAGUAAUACGUACAGGUUUACGUACCUAUAUUAACUAUAUUUAAUUAAGGAUGUGUAACCAAGUUGUUAAAUUCUAGCUGUAAGUACCUACGGUAACACAGGGUCUUAAGGUAAUGUUAUAAAUUAUAGUAUUAAAGUUUUAAAUCCGUGUACUCAUACACGUUAAGUUAACACUCGACUCCAGUCAUGCGUAGCUAGACCGAACCACGCAAUGGAGCGCCUCUAAUCUAAUUUAAUACAAACUUUUUAUAUGAAAAAGUAAAGGGUGAAAAGGGAAAUGUUUAUCUAUUUAUACUUUAUUUCGGUACUCGACUAGUCAGAUUCGCUAUA